AUGAACCAGCUUCAGGUCUCGCUGGAGUAUCAACAAACAGACCGUUCAAGGUGUCCAGGACUUGAAGCUAAGAGACAAAAUCAUUCAAUAGUGAAGCAUGAACAACUGGAAGCUAAGAGACAAAAUCAUUCAUUAGUGAAGCGUGAACAACUGGAAGCUAAGAGACAAGAUCUUUCAUUAGUGAAGCGUGAACAACUGGAAGCUAAGAGACAAAAUCAUUCAUUAGUGAAGCGUGAACAACUGGAAGCUAAGAGACAAAAUCAUUCAUUAGUGAAGCGUGAACAACUGGAAGCUAAAAGACAAAAUCUUUCAUCAGUGAAGCAUGAACAACUGGAAGCUAAGAGACAAAAUCAUUCAUUAGUGAAGCGUGAACAACUGGAAGCUAAGAGACAAAAUCAUUCAUUAGUGAAGCGUGAACUGGAAGCUAAAAGACAAAAUCUUUCAUCAGUGAAGCAUGAACAACUGGAAGCUAAGAGACAAAAUCAUUCAUUAGUGAAGCUGAAGCAUGAACAACUGGAAGCUAAAAGACAAAAUCUUUCAUCAGUGAAGCGUGAACAACUGGAAGCUAAGAGACAAAAUCUUUCAUCAGUGAAGCGCGAACAACUGGAAGCUAAGAGACAAAAUCUUUCAUCAGUGAAGCGUGAACGACUGGAAUCUAAGAGACAAAAUCUUUCAUUAGUGAAGCGUGAACAACUGGAAUCUAAGAGACAAAAUCAUUCAUUAGUGAAGCAUGAACAACUGGAAGCUAAGAGACAAAAUCAUUCAUUAGUGAAGCAUGAACAACUGGAAGCUAAGAGACAAGAUCUUUCAUCAGUGAAGCGUGAACAACUGGAAGCUAAAAGACAAAAUCUUUCAUCAGUGAAGCGUGAACAACUGGAAUCUAAGAGACAAAAUCAUUCAUUAGUGAAGCGUGAACAACUGGAAGCUAAGAGACAAGAUCUUUCAUCAGUGAAGCGUGAACAACUGGAAGCUAAGAGACAAAAUCUUUCAUCAGUGAAGCGUGAACAACUGGAAUCUAAGAGACAAAAUCAUUCAUUAGUGAAGCAUGAACAACUGGAAUCUAAGAGACAAAAUCAUUCAUUAGUGAAGCGUGAACAACUGGAAGCUAAGAGACAAAAUCUUUCAUCAGUGAAGCGUGAACAACUGGAAGCUAAGAGACAAGAUCUUUCAUCAGUGAAGCGUGAACAACUGGAAGCUAAGAGACAAAAUCUUUCAUCAGUGAAGCGUGAACAACUGGAAGCUAAGAGACAAAAUCUUUCAUUAGUGAAGCGUGAACAACUGGAAGCUAAAAGACAAAAUCUUUCAUCAGUGAAGCAUGAACAACUGGAAGCUAAGAGACAAGUUCUUUCAUCAGUGAAGCGUGAACAACUGGAAGCUAAAAGACAAAAUCUUUCAUUAGUGAAGCGUGAACAACUGGAAGCUAAGAGACAAGAUCUUUCAUUAGUGAAGCGUGAACAACUGGAAGCUAAAAGACAAAAUCUUUCAUUAGUGAAGCGUGAACAACUGGAAGCUAAGAGACAAGAUCUUUCAUUAGUGAAGCGUGAACAACUGGAAGCUAAGAAACAAAAUCUUUCAUCAGUGAAGCGUGAACAACUGGAAGCUAAGAGACAAGAUCUUUCAUUAGUGAAGCGUGAACAACUGGAAGCUAAGAAACAAAAUCUUUCAUCAGUGAAGCGUGAACAACUGGAAGCUAAGAGACAAGAUCUUUCAUCAGUGAAGCGUGAACAACUGGAAGCUAAGAAACAAAAUCUUUCAUCAGUGAAGCGUGAACAACUGGAAGCUAAGAGACAAGAUCUUUCAUUAGUGAAGCGUGAACAACUGGAAGCUAAGAAACAAAAUCUUUCAUCAGUGAAGCGUGACAACUGGAGCUUAAGACAAAAUCAUUCAUUAGUGAAGCUGAAGCGUGAACAACUGGAAGCUAAGAGACAAAAUCAUUCAUUAGUGAAGCGUGAACAACUGGAAGCUAAAAGACAAAAUCUUUCAUCAGUGAAGCGUGAACAACUGGAAGCUAAGAGACAAAAUCUUUCAUUAGUGAAGCGUGAACAACUGGAAGCUAAGAGACAAGAUCUUUCAUUAGUGAAGCGUGAACAACUGGAAGCUAAGAGACAAAAUCAUUCAUUAGUGAAGCGUGAACAACUGGAAGCUAAGAGACAAGAUCUUUCAUUAGUGAAGCGUGAACAACUGGAAGCUAAGAGACAAAAUCUUUCAUUAGUGAAGCGUGAACAACUGGAAGCUAAGAGACAAGAUCUUUCAUUAGUGAAGCGUGAACAACUGGAAGCUAAGAGACAAGAUCUUUCAUUAGUGAAGCGUGAACAACUGGAAGCUAAGAAACAAAAUCUUUCAUCAGUGAAGCGUGAACACACUCCCAUGAACACCUCCAUAUCAACAGUGUUCACCUCCUCUUAUAAAACGUUCACUGGGCUACACUUUAAGCCUCGGGUGUUCAUAGUUCAAGGUCUUGGUCGAGGGUUCAUAACAUUUCAUAAAGAAGCUUCCAUUUGGAGAUUACCUCGAGCCUUUAGAAAGAGUAUUCAAACAGCUUUUCCUGGUUCUUGA